UUCAGCUCUUCUGAGCAGGCAGGUCCUCUUCUGUCUCCUCUCUCCUCUUCUUCUUUCCCUCUUAGUUUUGAGGCUUCUCGGCGCCGGCCCUCCCUCCCAUCCCUCCAGCUGCUGCGGGGCUUUUUUAUUUUUUAAAUUUGGUUUAAUCGCCGUCGUCCGUUUCGGAGGAUCUUUUAGUCGUCUGGAAGAAUGAGCACCUACACCGUGUCGCUGCCCGGCCCCGGCCCCUGGGGCUUCAGGCUGCAGGGGGGGAAGGACUUCAACAUGCCGCUGACCAUCUCCAGGAUCACUCCAGGCAGCAAGGCGGCGCAGGGCAACCUAGUCCAGGGUGAUGUCAUCGUCGCCAUCGACGGCGUCGGCACUGACGGGAUGACUCACCUUGAAGCCCAGAAUAAGAUCAAGAUGGCCAACUACAACCUGGCACUCACCAUGACAAAGGCGAAGCGUCCCGUUAUGAUGCCGACACCGAGAAUCGACGCUGCUAUUCCCUUGAUCCCUCACCAACAGCCUCAGUCAGUGCAGGUGAACGGCCGCCUGUCGGCCUGCAGCGCCUCCUCGGGGCCCGCAGAGGCCGACUCUCCCGGGAGGAGGGCGGCGGUCAGCCCCGCUCAGAGGAGGCAGUAUAACUCCCCCAUCGGCCUGUACUCAGAGGAGACUCUGAGGGAGAUGGCAGCCGUUCAGGCGGGACGGCCGGCCGGUCUUCUCCCAGUUAGAGACGGUCUCGUAGACAGCGCCUCCCCGGUCUAUCAGGCCGUCCAGAGUGCAGAGAGGGACCCGGACCUGGGCGAGUGGGGCCGCCGCAGCGCUGCAGUCAACAUGCAGUCCAAGUCCUUCCGGGUCCUGGCUCACAUGACCGGCACCGAGUCCUCACCAGGAGAGGAGGAGGAGGAGGAGGCUGUGAGGAGGAGGAGCAGCCCUACUGAGCAUGUUCAGGCUUCUGCCGACGCUGCCCCCGCCGCUCCGCAGCCUCCGGAACCUGCUCCCGCUUCACCUGGCCACGCCCCUUACAGCCUGAAGCGUCACUCUGCAGCUGGUUACGGACUCCAGCACAGAGCUGCAGUCUCCAGCCAAUACGCUCCGCCUCCCGCCAUGCAUCAGGCUCCACAAGGCCCGCCUCCGCAGCAGUACCAGCCAAUCCCGCAGCAGUAUCAGCAGCCGAUCCCACCACAUUAUCAGCAGCCAAUCCCGCCGCAGUACCAGCAGCCCCCAACACAUCAGGCCCCGCCCACUCAGCAGAGCUCCAUUCAGAUCCCUCUUGGCUCCGCCCCUCCAAAGGUGGUCAGCACCGCCUGCAUCUACCCCUCCCAGCCAGCUCCUGCUCCUGCUCCCCCUCAGCCCCGCCCUCCAGUCGCUGCCCCCGCCCCGGCUCCAGCUGCUCCCGCCUCCGCCGACCGACCCCCCGGGGUGUCCGACACCAACUUCGCCGACAAGUUCGACCCCAGCAAGACGACCACCACCAUGAAGGUGCAGCCACUGCCCCAGGCCGCCCCUCCUCCACCCGCAUACAUCCCCAACCCCUCUGCCGCUCCUGCAGCUCCCAGCCCCGCCCCCAUCACACCAAGUCCCGCCCCAUUCUCACCUGUGGCGAGGGGUGUGGCUCAAAGGGCGGAGAGGUUCGCCGCCAGCAGCCGUACGCCUCUGUGUGGAGCCUGCAACAGCAUCAUCAGGGGACCCUUCCUGGUGGCCCUCGGCCGGUCCUGGCACCCCGAGGAGUUUAACUGUCACUACUGCCACAUGUCUCUGGCCGACGUCAGCUUCGUGGAGGAGCAGAACAACGUCUACUGUGAAAACUGCUACGAGGAGUUCUUCGCUCCCACCUGCGCCCGCUGCAACACCAAGAUCAUGGGGGAAGUGAUGCACGCUCUGCGGCAGACGUGGCACACCACCUGCUUCGUGUGUGCGGCCUGCGGCAAAGCCUUUGGAAACAGCCUCUUCCACAUGGAGGACGGAGAGCCGUACUGUGAGAAAGAUUACAUCGCUCUGUUCAGCACUAAGUGUCACGGCUGUGACUUCCCGGUUGAAGCUGGUGAUAAGUUCAUUGAGGCUCUGGGUCACACCUGGCACGACACCUGCUUCGUCUGUGCGGUUUGCCAUGUGAACCUCGAGGGCCAGCCUUUCUACUCCAAGAAAGACAAACCUCUGUGCAAGAAGCACGCUCACGCCAUCAACGUGUAGAGCAGCCAGCCGUCACCGGGGGCGACACUGCCGCAUACGACAAGCAAACGCAAGCCGACGACUUUUACAGAGAUGUGUGUAAACGCUCUUUAUGCAGAAUACACUUUGGUUUUUCUUUUUGUGCAUUUAUAUUAACUAAUGAAACAAGGCUGCCUGAUGAACCUGCUACACAACAGAAACAAAAACGAAGUCAUGAUGUUUUCUGUUGUUGAUCCAACACACUUUAUAAUGUACUUUUAUUUUUGUUGUGUUUUCUACCAGAAACUACCUGUGAGUACGAUGUGAUCGCUGUGCUGUUCAGCUCAGAAAUGUAGGAGUUUGUAUGGAGCCUCGAGUGUGCCAAAUUAAAUAACUAUAUAUAUUCUAAACUGAUAAUUUAAAAGGAAAUCUAUGUAACUAAACUGAUAAUGCAACAAGAGAAGAACAUGAAUAGAACAGAAAGAGCGAAUAAUAUUUAACGUUGAUAAAAAUAAUUUUAAUAAUUUGUAGCUUGGGUUUCACAUAAUUUUGGACAAAA